AUGGAAUACUACCUCCCAGACUACCUAACCCCCCUGCUCACAAACCCCACCCUCCAACACCUCCGCAGCCACGCCACAAACUGGUCGUCGUCGUUGUCGUUCAGCAGCAUUCGCACCACCUACCUAGAGCCCUACCUCAUAACCCCCCUCUCACGGCUCCUCGCGUCCUCGACCCCCGAUUUGGUGUCCGUGCUACUUCUCCUCGUUAUACUGGUCGUCUCGCUCAAGGUCCUGGAUUAUGCGCGCCGGGUGGUCAUGUUCUGGGUGAUGCUUGCCGUGAGGGUUGUGUUUUACGGGUCGGUCGUUGCGCUGGGUUGCUAUGUUUAUAGUGUUGGGGUGGAGAAGGCGGGAAGGGAUCUGGGGUGGCUGCUGGGUGUGCUUUGGGGGUUUGUGGAGGAGGUUCUUGCGGGCGUUGAGAGUGGGAGGUCUCCGUCUGGCGGUCCUGGGGCCGGUGGGUAUGGAUAUGGAUAUGGAUAUGGGUAUAGGCGGGAGGCACCCCGGGGGUAUGGGGGGAGGGCGAAAAAGGGGAGGUGA